AUGGAGGUGCCCAACGCCAAGCUCCACAGGGCCUCCUGCCUCCUGCUCCUGGCACUGCUCUGCUCCCUGGCUGCGGCCCGGCAGAGCGUGCCCACCUGCUGCCGCCAGAAGACCUGCCCCUGCCGUGUCUACGACCUGCUGCACGGCUUGGGCAACCACGCCGCCGGCAUCCUCACGCUGGGCAAGCGGCAGAGCGGCUCGCGGGCCUUCCAGAGCCAGCUCUACCGCCUGCUGCACGGCUCGGGCAAGCACGCCGCCGGCAUCCUCACCAUGGGCAAGCGGGCGGAGCCGGCGCCAGAGCAGCCAGCCGCAGCCGGCCGGGCCGUCUCCCCCAGCACGGCCGUCCUGCUGCCUCCAGCCACGUGUGCCGCCAGCACUGAGCCCACCAGCACCAGGGAGUGCCGGGGCCAGCGGGACACGGACAGCGCCACGGGCCGGAGCGGGGGGGCUGCCAAGCGCUUCUCCUGA